AUGGCUAGACAGAAUUUUGUUGGCUUUGUGGUGUCACAGGGGAAGAUGGAUAAAACCAUCAAGGUUCGUGUGAUGCAGAAAGUGUUUGACAAAAAAAUUCAGAAAGAGUUACUCAAAAAGAAAGAUUAUCUUGCACAUGACGAGUCUAACAUUUGUAGAGAGGGUGAUUUGGUGAGAAUCGAAGCUACGAGGCCGCUCAGUGCCCGUAAGUUCUUCUCUGUGGCGGAAAUUAAAAAGAAUAAGGGUCAACAGUUCGCCAAGUAUCAGUCUGAGGCUAAACUCCGUGUGGAACGCGAGGAACAAAAUAAGACUGCUUUGUUUCUAAAGAGCAGAUCCAUCAAUGAUCAAUUGGUUCGAAAUGCUCUUUACGAGGAUUUGGAUAGUAUAAAGGACUUAAAGGGAAAGCAACAAUAUUCACCAGAUGAAUUGGAGAAGCUCGAUAAGCUGAAGGAGAAGUACGGUAUUACGUCUUGGGAUGAACAGUUUGAGAAUCAGGAGUUAUUUCAAUCGGAUAUUGUUUACCUCUCUCAAAAGAUAGAAGGAAUAAAAAGUCAGUUAAAGGUAACUCAGGUUUUACAAGAGCUUCUAUCUGAUUCCGAAAGUCCUGCAUACAAAGUUGCUUGCGAGAAGAUGGGUAUUACCGAAUCUACAAAGGCUAACAUCAAGAAAAACUUGAUGCGAAAGUUUCUUGACACCACAACCAAGCCAGAGCUUUCCAAGUUAGGUAUUAGUCUAGACUAA